AUGAGAUCAACAGUGCUGAGAAGCAGCUGUGCAAUCGAUUAUCUUUUCGAUAUAAAAAAGUUCAGGCAUGGAAAAUCAAAAGUGCCAUUUAUUUACUUAUCUGCGUCGAACUUUGAACUGCUGCUGGAGAUUGUUGCAUAUGCUUAAAUAAUGUAAACACAUCGUGGUUACCAAGCGCCAUGGACUUUCGUAACGCCCGAGCACGGCAACCUGAAAUAGUGCGUUCGGUACAAAAGGAUGCUCGUUACACCAAUGAGCUGUCCGAGGAUUUAUCAGAUAUUUUACGAUUAAGUGGUCCUCGCAACUGGAUAAAAUAUAAUCAACUGUGUCAAUUGAUAGCGAAGUUGAGUUAUCAUGGCUUUGCUUCUUUAAACAAUCUGCAAACACUGGGCGAGGAAUACACGGGAAUAAUACAGGUCGAUGGAGACUAUAAACAUAUACCAAGUCGAUUGCUGCAAUUGGUUGCUAUCAUACUGGAAUUUGGUGGUGAUGCUUUGUUUCUACGUGUGUUGCAAAAGCUGGAGCUGCAUAUAGCUGCGCAUGAUGAAAUCGUACCUGAUGCUAAGAAGAAGCUGCAGAGGCUCAUUCAGUAUAUGCGACAGUCGCCUAGUUACAUCAAAGCGCUGCACAAGUCGCUUUUCUACUUGGACGCCCGAAAGUAUCAACUAUCCAAGCGUACCACAGGCAUCAAUUAUGUGCUCAUCCGGCACUGGCUGCAACCAGAGUUCUCACUGUAUGGCUACAAGAUUUUGGGCAUUAUUACAUUCCUACAAGUCAGCGUCUCCCUGGCCAUUGGCGGCUGGGAGGCAUGGAAGGAGCACAAGCGUCAGCAGUUGGAGGCACUCAAGCAGGCGGCUAAGGUAUUCAUGCAACGGGAGAAGCAGUCGAUACCACUGGCAGCAGAUGUGCCGCAGUGCAUACUCUGCCUGGAGCCAAGGCAGAAUAGUAGCCUAACACCUUGUGGUCACCUCUUCUGCUGGAACUGUAUACUCGACUGGCUGGAAGAGCGCGAUGAGUGUCCGCUGUGCCGAGAGUCAGUAAAAAAGUCGCAGGUGAUCCAGCUGCAGAAUUAUGCUUAAGAAUGAUUUUUUAUAUGUUUCUU